GGAAACAAUUUAAGCAGAUUCACGUUGCAGGUUUCGGCGCUGUGUUUGACAGCGGACGAGAUCGAGGCCCAGAGGAGCGGCUGGAAUCUAAAUCCCAACACGCAGUAUCAUAUUCAGACCGAUGAGGGCCCGGAGAGGUUCUUUCGCUUUCAGACAUCGAACGGUCAGUACAGAAAAGAAAAGAGAUUGGCUGAUGGCACGGUGAUCGGAACGGAAGGCUGGCUAGACCCUCUCGGAUAUUUGAGACUGAAGGAUUAUAUCGCGGAUCACGAGGGAUUCCGGAUACUAAGAUCAAAGAUGGUCUAUGUGGGUAAGGAUCGACCUAUCCAGGACGCAGUGGCGGAAACAAAGAAGGUUCCGGCACAAACUGGAGUUCUGGCCAGACCCAGAAGACCGCCCAAUCCUUUCAGACGACCAGAUCCCAAUACCAUUGUACCGUUAUCCGAGAAUGACAUUACUUCCGGUUAUUACACUCCGACGACCAUCAGACCACGACCGAUCUACUCAUCGAUUUCGGGGAACAAUUAUUAUUCGAAUCGAUCAGGUUUCUCUUCUGGAUCUGGAUUGCAGAACCUGAAUACUUAUCAGCGACCACAGACUUCUUACUAUCGCGGAUCAGUCGCUCGGCCACCGACUCAGCUUCUCGAAGCUCCCUACGAUCCCGCUAUCGAUGGCUCCUCUAGCAGACCGAGCUAUCAUGCUCCAAUUUCUCGGAGCGAUUCGGCCGAUUUCCCGCCUUACGAUGGCACUUAUACCACGGCGAACGGUUUCCAAUAUUACCUAAGGAGGCAAUAUCACGAGGAGGAACGAGAGCCCGAUGGCAAUAACAUUGGUUCGUUCGGCUACAUCGAUCCAUUCGGUAUCAGACGGGUGAUUUAUUACAAGACGGAUCCACUCACUGGCGAAUUCCUUCACAAGAAGAACAAUCGAUACGUCGGCUUCAAUGCAACGCCGUAUGAUCCGCUUCCGCCCGAUGUAUCCAGGACACGCGUCUCGAGAGCCUCUUCGACGAGAGCCCCCUCGUCGUAAUAGUUCCCUCGUUGUUCAUCGCUUUGCCACGUUGUAGCACGACGUUUAUCUCGAGGAGCUCAUCAUAUCCGAUACCGCAUCAACGCUGGAUUUCACCAACGCUGGACGGCCUCGGUUCGAUUCGAUGAUCUCGAUGGCGAGACCGUUCAUCGGAUUGAACUGCCGCCUAUUGUCGAUGUUCUCUGAAGAAAUUCUCGUUGGUUGCCGAUUUUCCGGCCGCGAUAGAAUCGACGAAUGUUGAAGGGAGAAAGAACGAUAAAUAGAGUCUCUUGAAUAGACAUAAGGACACUCUAUAUUCCAUAGGAAAGAAUAAUGUUCCUCGACAGAGAAUUCUCGUUCAUCAACGUUGCUUAUACAACAUUUUUCGAAGUGCCACGAUUUUUUUUUUCUGAUGUACGACUCCGUUGUGUCAUCGUUGCCAACGGUUGCCAGUAUUAUCCGAAAUAAUAUAGAGUUACGAGGAAUGCAAGGACCGAUGGAAUCAGGAGACGAUCGAGAUGCAGUGCGAAAAAAAAUUUAAUAAAGAGAAGAAAGUAUAUAAGCUUACAUAAAGAAGCGAGAUAUAAACACAAAGACUUAUCGAGACGGUGACAGCUCAUCGCUUCCUGAUUCAUCGUCCUGCUAUUGUUGCGUUAUUAUCGCGAGCAGAUGAUCGGAUACCGCAAAGAGACGACGUUAGAUGCCAUGCUGGACUAGAUUUAGUUUUCAGGGAAGCGCGGUGGGACUUCCUUGAAAGAAAGAAAACUGUAAAAUCGUCUCGGACAAUGUUCGCCAAGUUUUCCAGUUACGUCAUCGAUCUAUGAAGCGUGCGAAGACUCUCGGUCACCAUUGUCUCGUGCAUGCUUCAUACGCGUAAGCUUCAAUAACCUACAUUUUCAAACCAAAAGAUACUUUAGAAAGUUUAUUCUCAUUCUUACAAGACCUUGUUAAAGUGGUACAACUUUUCAUGGCAAGAUUAAGGGAAAUCUUUUGUUCGAAUUGAUUGUCUUUAGAUGUAAAUUCCUACAUAUCUCUGCGCAAUCUUUAUUUUUCUUUUAUCUUUUUUCCACUGUUGGCGAAUAUUGAACUACGAUAGAAGAAGAGAUUCCACCUAACGAAUCAAAAUAGAAUAGGCCGGCACUUUGGCGUGAGCGGAUCAUAUAUUAAUCCUACAACGCGUUAUCUUUUUUUUAUAUGCUAGCAGGAUAUUUCACCAUAGCAAAAUAUCAACUGCAUAAAUUUUGAGAUAAUGCACUCGAUUAUUUAAAUUAUCAUUGAAUUAUAUCUUAAAAAUUUUCAAUGCUAAAAAUUAUAAUUACACAUGUAUUAUCGCGCCUCGCUGCGCAUUGUAGGAUUAAUUCAGCGCCGCAGAUUCGGAAAAAUCUUUGAUAGCUUUGUACCUCCUACUCUGCUGACGCUAACGUAGUUUCCUAGUUUAAUGCGUGCGUCCGAAUAUUUCUACAUACUAAUUAAUCUGCUGCCGUUUAAGGUAUCCGCUCAUGCCAAACGACGAAGAAAUCGCAUAGCAUUAGUUAAUCGUUAAGUUAAUUCAUUAAGUCGCGACAAUGGUGCUGAUUGUUAGGUAAAAGCGGAUACAUCAUGCGCUUUCCGUUCUUUUAUGGCGAUGAGAACCGUGCCGUUCCGCUCUGUGCAUGUAGUUAAUUGCGAUUUUCGGAUUAUAAAAUCCCUCGCGAGCGACAUUAUCAUCAACACAUCUGUCUGGAGGUCAAGGAACACGAUUUGUAUGUAAAAUAUCGCUUCGUGCUUAACUUAUUUCGUAAUAAAUGCGAGAGCGAAUAUAAUCACGCGCGCACGGAAACAUGUGAUAUGAAAUAGUUUACGAAGAUCAAGUAAAUAAAAAUCUAUUUAACAUGCAGCUGUUAUUUUGCAAAGAGAAUUAGGUGAAUAAAAAAAGUUUAAAGUUUAAAGAACUCCCAUUACAUCUUAUCGAGACUACGUUUGAUAUGAAAUUAUAUUACAUGUUACAUCGAUUUUGGAUACUGUCGGCAUUCGUAACAAGUUUAAUAUUUUUAGCUACACUUGAUCCGUUUCCGGCGCAUGCAAUUUAUUGUAUUUUAUUUAAAAAUUGACAAAAAUAUUGUGCAGUGUAUGCUAAUAAAUUUCAUUAAGAUUGCUAGAAA